GAGAGAGGGGGGGAGAUGAUGCUGAGGAUUUACUGCGCCUUCACAUAUCGACAGCUUUGCUUUAUUGGCAACUCCACCGCGGCUGGUCAUGUUGAUUUAAAAGACGAUGCCUCCUCACGCAUCGGAGAGGGAGUUUAUUCAGGUGGCGGGCAAAGGAGCGAGAAGGGGCCAGAUACUCCACCCAUGACAUCAUCGACUUUCUCAAGUUCGUUUUGUGCCCAGCUCGUGCUGUCAUCUGUUGCAUUUCGUUCGUGAGGCGGCGGGUGCAGUUCAGAGUUGAGCAGGGGAGGCCUGCCGUCACAGGGAGGAAGUUGAUCUGACAGGCCCGAGAUCUCUGUCACUGCCUGGUGGAGGAUCUCCCAAAGAUCACUGCUGACGUGAAGGGAUAUGGAGCAGAUCUUUUCUCUUUAGUAUGACCUUCAGGUGAAAACUCUCAUGUCUGCUGGGCUGCAUGCAAGCUCGAGAACAGCAGUAUAUUUCCAGUCAGCCAUGAUGUCGGUACAAACUCCUCCUCUUUCCCGCUCCGGCUCCUCCCCUUCUAAUGUGGGUCUGGCCAAUCGUGGCGGCCCCUCCACGGCCCCUCCCACCUCCCUCAGCCUUCGCUCGUCGUACAACCAGCUGCUGGGGCGAGAUGUCAUCAAGGAGUCCAUGGAAACAGGAAGUUCGGCCACCUUGCCAAAGAGCCGUCAGAGGUAUGCGAUGACCAGUGUGCGGAGCGCCAUGGGGAUCAGUGACAACCUGUCCUCUAAAAACCAACCUGUAACCAGAGGGCGGGGUCUCCCUACUAAGUCCUCCUCCAGCUCUGCCCUCUACUCCUCCUCGUCCUCUUCCUCACUCUUCAAUACAACCAACCCCAAACUAGCCAAGAAUGGGGCCAACAUGCAGAGGCGAGCAGAGAGUCAGCAGCUGGAGCUUAGCCGGGCCAAUACAGAGGGCAAAAUCCACAAUGAUCUCAUCAAUAACCCAACUUCUGAUUGGCAAGAGUUUGGAAAAGACAACUCACAGCUGCCUCCGUUCAGAAGGCGGACCAAGAGCUUCCUCGAGUACCAUGAGAAGGGCUGGGAGCUCGAUCUCACCUGGGGGAAGAAAGAGGAGAAGGAGGAGAAGAAGCAGCAGCCUUCCCCGGAGAAGGAGCAGACCAGCCCAGCCAAGGAGAGGGAGAGCCAGAAGGAGGAGAAGCCCAGCAUCAAGCAUAGCUGCCCGGAAGAGAAGGAGGAGGUGGAGCCAGUGGUAGAGGAGGAGGAGGAGGAGGAAGAUGACCCCACACCAACACCAAGACAGCCUCUUCUACCGGUGGUGGUGGAAGCCCCUCUUUCCUCAACCUCCUCCUCCUCUAGCAACAGCCCCGAGUGGAUCCCAGACAACCAGAACCAGGCUCCGGCUCAGGUCAGAGAGGAGCUCUGUGUCCAGGUUCAGGCGAGUCCACGCAGUCCCGCAAAGCCUCCUCGGAGCUCCCAGCCCCGGGUGAUCAAGGUGGAGCUGCACCCCAACAAUGAGAACCAGUUCUUGCAACAGUACCCACCUUCUUCCCCUAAACAGGCCCGGGCGUCAGAGAGGAGCACUCCGACCAGGAACAGAGCGCCCCCAACCCAGCCUGAUCCUGAGCCAGAGACUGGGCUCCCUAAAGUGGGCUUAAGAAUGGAUAUGACUCCUGAUACUCCAUCAGAGGACGAAGACUCCAGCUGGACCACCCUGUCCCAGGAGACGCCCUCUCCUCAGACGCCCCGAGAGACAGCAGACAUAUGGAGUGAUGGGGACCUGCCCCCAGGCUGGCGGGAGAUCUCAGACUCAUCAGAGGUCUAUUUCUGGCACGUCCCCACCGGCACCACACAGUACCACCGACCCGUUGCCUCUGGAAACCAACAAACCCCUCCUAAUACGGACAAAGAUGCUGAACUUGAACCGCAACAGGAAACACAGGACUCCCUCAAACCCCCCAACGAGCGCCCCAGCAGUCUGAUAUCUGACAGCUCGGUGGAGCCGGUCCCCUCACCCUCCGGCUCCUCCCCCUCCUCCACCUCCUCCACCCCCUCCAAUGAUGUCACCUCUGCUGGACCACAUCUGAACAUCACCACCUGCGCAGUCAACGAGCUGAAGGACUAUCCAGUCUAUCCAGAUCCCAGUCUGAAGGCGUUUGAAGGGGCUACACUCCGCUAUGCUUCACUUAAACUCAACCCUCCAGCCCAGCUGGAGACAGUGGACCUCGACAAUACCUUCUCCGAUCCAGAGGCAAUGUCUUUUCCAGUGCGGUCUCUGGGCUGGGUGGAGAUGGCAGAACAGGACCUGUGCGAGGGGCGGAGCAGUGUGGCCGUCCACCACUGUAUCAGACAGCUGUCCUACUGCAGGAGGGACAUACGAGACUCGGCCGGUGUCUGGGGAGAGGGUAAAGGGAUGCUGUUAGUUCUUCAGGAUCGCAUGUUGACCCUCGUCGACCCGGACGAUCGCAGCCUGCUCCACUCUCAGCCGAUCAGUAGCAUCCGCGUGUGGGGCGUCGGCCGAGACCACGACAGAGAAAGGGACUUUGCCUACGUGGCGAGAGACAAGAACACGCGCGUGCUGAAGUGCCACGUGUUCCGAUGUGAUACUCCUGCCGCAGCCAUCGCCACGAGUCUCCACGAAAUCUGCUCCAAGAUUAUGGCUGAAAGGAAAAGUGCCAAGGCUGCAGCUGGCAGCUCAUCCCAGACCGGCUCCGAUGUGCCCCUACAAGAGUUUCCCAUGCCAAAGACUGAGCUGGUGCAGAAGUUUCACGUUCUGUAUCUGGGUAUGACAUCUGUGUCUCGCCCCAUAGCAGGUAUGGACAUCAUAAAUGGGGCCAUAGAUACCCUCCUGUCCUCCACAGGCAAAGAGGACUGGACUCCUGUCAUACUGAGUAUUGCCGACACCACUCUGGCUGUCAUCAAAGAAAAGGAAGAGGAAGAGGAGGUGUUGGUGGAGUGUCGCGUCCGCUUCCUGUCCUUCAUGGGCGUCGGACGGGAUAUCCACUCGUUCGCCUUCAUCAUGGACACAGGGAACCAGCAUUUCCAGUGCCAUGUGUUCUGGUGCGAGCCCAACGCAGGCAGCGUGUCUGAGGCUGUGCAGGCAGCAUGUGUGCUGCGGUAUCAGAAGUGUCUGGUGGCACGGCCGCCCUCCCAACGCGCCGGCUCCUCCUCCUCCGCGCCCUCUCCGGACUCGGUGACCCGCCGGGUGACCACCAGCGUGAAGCGCGGCGUCCAGUCUCUCAUAGACACUCUGAAAACCAAGAAACAGCCGUCAGAACUCCCUCAGCAAUGACCGUCACCGGUGACCACGGCACCCCACCUCCCUCCCCUCCCACCCCCAGCCGACGCCUGGACGCCACUCACACACUACCGCCACAACAACACGUAAUCCGUACCAGCCAUGGUAACCAAUGAUGUACAUAUAUGUUAACAAACACCACCGCAGUUGAAGGAAAGAGGAGCGAUCAUCCAGUAUGUCUGAUGAUUCAAAAAAAUAAAAUAAAAUAAAAAUAACAAGAAGACUUAUCUAUGUCAUGAGGAGGAAUGUGUCACUGGUUGAACUUUGACCUUUGAGCGCUGCUGAGUCCAAGCAGCUUCACUGGCCCCUCAGUGUCUGUGAUUUCUGGGCUAGAUGGAUUACUCGAUGAAGCGCUCUACAGACAGGACGCAGAAUAACCCAGAGGAGAAAGACUCUGUUAACGGACUCAAGUUUUCUUUCAUGCUCUGUCUCCUUCUGUAAAAACGUCCAUCAGCACAGUCAGAGCUCCAGGACUGGACGCCGAGCUUACAGGACCCAUCCAGGACAGAGAAAGGUGUCGACUUGCUGUCAUGGGAUUCCGACAGGUGAAUACCGAAAGCCACCAAGACCAGAUAGACAAGACCUGUCAACACCCCACUCCACUACCAAAAGGCAUAGAGGUGUUUCGAUUGCUUCGAUGUGUGACAGACCUGAAGCAGACGGAUGUCCUUUGAGGAUGAAUGAAGUGAUUGUAAUAAUGAAGCGUAUGUAAAUGAUUGUACGUAGGAAGAGAGAAUUCAGGGCAAAAGGCUUGUAGAUAUGACGGAGAAGACGACUGAGAAAGAGACAGACGUGGGAUUUGAUUUUGCAUGUUUUCUUGAUGGGAUAAAGUUUUAUGUUGAAGAGGUAAGAAGAGUGUUGAACACAUGAGAAAUAGAUGCUCUCAGCACAAGUCAUCUCCACUUGACCAUGACUGGAUUUACACUGGCAAAAAAAUAAAUAAAAAAAAACCUAACCUAUACAUGAAAGGUUACUCUCCGCCCCAUUUACUGAAAUAACUUUAAAGAUUGUCAGUUUUUACUUUCCAUUCCCUGAUGAAUGAGAUCAGCAAAAAGAAAGUUAUCAGUUUUUAAAUGUAUCUUAAAUUAGUUAAGAUUGUAAUUUAUUUGCAUACAUGAUAAAAAAAAAAAAAAAGCUGAGCAUAAAAAGCUCGGGAAUGUUACAUUUCUUACGUUCAAACUUUACAAUUUCCUCAGGAAUCUUUAUGCAUACACCCGAGAUUUAUGUGGUAGCAAGAAAUUCAAAAUCCAGGCCUCGACUCUGGCAGAUGAGAAGCGCUCUUGGCUGUAUGAACAGUGGUACACAACAGUGUCUGUCCUGUUGGGACAGCAUGGGAAAGAUCAAGUCUGUGCCAGACAGUAAGAAUUAACUAUAUUUUCUCUUCCUCAGUAAAUCCAGCCAGUCUACUCCCACUCACACACACACACACAUACAAACACACAUAGGCACAUACAGCAGUAAAAAAAAAAAAAGAAAGAAAGAAAGAAAGAAAAAAAGGGUCUGCUGUCACUGCUAUCAAAACCUUCACACUGCUCCUAUGGCUCGGGGCCACCACCUGCACUCGACAUGAACUCUGAAUGAAUGCAGUCCAAUCUGAAGGAAAAUGAUACACAGACAAAACGAAACAAACUACAGAGAUGCUGUAAAUCAUUUCAGUUCUGUUCUUCACUCAUCUCUACACCAUGUAAAUGUAAUCUGUUGUGACAAUAAAUGCAUCAGCAAAAGAAAAAUAA